UCCUAGUGUAGACGGUGCACAGCGUUGUAGCCUAUGAGCGACGAGGAGGACACUGGAGAGGACGACCGGAGGUUAUUGCGAUCAGCUAAACGCCCAGUAGCCCAUUUGGCAUUAGGACCAGAGGGUGACAGACAUCUGUUCCACCAGCUUAGGGAGAUGCAGCAGCAGCAGAGGAGAGCUAGAGCAGCCGAGGCCAGCAGGGCUUUAGUUAGCGAGGUCGGUGCUACAGCAGCCAUGGCUACUUCCACCAUGGUCACUUCUGCGCAGCAGACUUCCCAAGCCAGCAGUUCAGGUGCCGUCGGGUCAACGGUCGCGCAGACCGUGAGUCAGUCCACUGGCAUUAUGGCAAGCCAGGCAUUAGUGUUAACUCCAGAGGAUGUCGCCAUCCAGCAAGCAGCCCUGCAGGAGGCACAGCUACAACGGGCAUUAGGAGAAAUAAAAGCGGAGAAGGAGAAGAUGAUCAGAAGAAGAGCCAGGAUGCAGCGGAGAGGGGCAGACAUAGAGGAGUUAGAAACGAUGGACCUGUCGAACAUGGAUGCUGAUGUGAGGAUAGCUAGGAAGGCCCUGCUAGGCGUCCUGCUAACUUCGUACUUGAGAUGCUUUUCUCAGCCUCUCAGGAACCAGUUGGCAAAAGAGGCCAACAUCAAUAUGCACAACUUUCCUUCGUUUAGCAAGGUGGCCCUAGACCUUGAAGCUAAGAUAGGGCAUGGACAGGCACCCACUACGGAUGGGAGGAAAAAGACACUGCCUCCUAACUGGAAGGCGAAAGGUCGCUUGAUGUUUGUCGACAACGAUGGUUCAACCAUCGAGGUGGACGACAACUUCCAGGAGGGAGUAGGUUCAGAGGCAGGCAGCAUAGAUGCUUCAGAGGGUGGAGUAGUCACUGCCGUAUCUCAAAAAGGUAAGGCGACUGGUAGAUGCCGCGGAUGCAUGUGUGCUUCAGAGGGUGAGUCCCACGGAUGCAUGUGUGCGGCCGCAUUCUAUAAUUAUUAUAAGCAAAUUCAGGAGGAGGGUAUGUACCUAGUUUAUGUCUCUGUUGCAGGUGAGCCGGUGAAAAUGCCGCCGGAGAUGGAGGGAGUAGUUGCUAAGUACCCUGAUCUAUUUGAAGAGCCGACAGGGGUUGCUGAGAGGGAGGUCGUCCACGCGAUAGAGAUUAUCCCAGGGUCUAGUAUCCCGAAGGGUAGGAUCUAUCGGAUGUCUCCAGGCGAGCUUGAUGAGCUUCGCCGCCAACUCAAGGAACUCGUAGAGAAGGGUUGGAUCCGGCCGAGUGUCUCUCCUUAUGAGUCUCCAGUUUUAUUCGUACCUAAGAAGAAGGAGGGUACUCUUAGGAUGUGCAUUGACUAUAGGGGCCUCAAUGCCAUCACGAUAAAGAACAAAGAGCCCCUACCGCGCAUCGACGACUUGUUAGAGAGAGUGCAAGGGUGUCGGUACUUCUGUAAGAUAGAUCUGAAGUCCGGGUACCAUCAAAUCGCAAUCCGGCCCGAGGAUCAGCACAAAACCGCUUUCCAGACCAGGUACGGUCUGUACCGAUUUGUGGUGAUGGCUUUUGGCCUUUCAACUGCUCCUGGCACCUUUCAGCACACUAUGAAUCGGAUAUUCCAUGACUACUUAGAUAAGUUUGUCGUCGUGUACCUCGAUGACAUACUUAUUUUUAGUAAGACUGUCGAGGAGCAUGUUGCACAUUUGGACAAAGUCUUCAGCCUCUUGCGACAACACAAGUUCAAGAUCAACGGUGAGAAGUGCGAGUUUGGCCGCACCCGUGUCUUGUACUUGGGUCAUGAGAUUUCCGCGGAGGGAUUAAAGCCCGAUGACGUGAAGGUGGCCAGCAUUCGUGAUUGGCCACGUUCUCAGUCUGUGACUGAGAUGAGAUCUUUCUUGGGAAUGACAUGCUACUAUAGGACUUUCGUUAAGAACUAUAGCAUAGUGGCCGCUCCUUUGACUGAUCUGACCCGCGGGGAGUGGACAGAUGAGUGCGAGGCUGCUUUCAGACAUCUAAAGCAUGCAUUGACGCACUACAAGGUCUUGAAGCUUCCUGAUCCUGACAAGCCGUUCAUAGUCACCACGGAUGCCAGCCAAUAUGGCAUUGGCACCGUGCUCGCGCAACAGGAGGGGCCAAAGUUGAGGCCAGUAGAGUACAUGUCCAAGAAAAUGUUGUCUCAGAAGUUGGCUAAGUCCACUUAUGAGAAGAAACUUUAUGCGGUGUACAAGGCUCUCACCCAUUGGAGACAGUAUCUCCUUGGGAGGUUCUUCAUCCUCAGAACUGAUCAUCAGACCCUGAGAUGGAUGAGAACCCAGUUGGUGCUCUCUGACGCUCUCAAGCGUUGGAUCGAAGUCAUUGAGCAAUAUGACUUUGACCCUCAGUAUCUCAAAGGGGAGUACAACAAGGUUGAUGAUGCCUUGCCGCGCAGACCGGACUUCUUAGGUGCGCUGAUUACUGAGUUCGAUCUGACGGACAAUGUUACUCAGUCUUUGGUGGAAGCCUAUCGUGAGGACCAGUUUAUGUCUGAGAUCAUACGCAGACUUGAGGCGAAGGACAAGAAGACUUCCGCCGAGUUUGAGUUGGUCAAUGGCUUGUUGUUCCUGGAGAAGGCAGGGAAUAAACGCUUGUGUGUUCCAAAUAGCGAGUCUUUGCGUAGUUUGUUUUUAGGUGAGUGUCAUGAUGCCACCGACCAUUUUGGGUAUAAGAAGACCGCAGCCAACUUGCUGCACCGGUUCUGGUGGCCCACGAUGAUGCGAGAUGCCCAACUGUACGUGGAGACUUGUCAAGUUUGUCAACGGGACAAGCCACAUACUCAGGCUCCUCUUGGGCUUCUGAAGCCCCUUCCGAUUCCGGAACGGCCUGGUGAGAGUAUGUCCAUAGAUUUCAUGGAUACUCUGAUCACCAGCAAGAGUGGGAUGCGUCACAUCUUCGUCAUUGUGGAUAAAUUUAAUCUGUUUCCUUCUCGGAGAUCUAUGCUGCCCCCAACCAUGGACGGAGACGUGGACAUCGAUGAUAUUGUGGAUCACAGAGAGCUGACGGUAUCAAGACCCGCAGGCAGGGGACGUCCUCCGAAACCAAAACUGCAGUACCGCGUUCAGUUCCGGCAUCACACAGAUCCGAAGGAGGACCACUGGUUCACCAGGCAAGAACUCAUGCAGACCGAUGCUCAAGUUGUAACGCAAUACGAGAGAUCUCUGCAGAAGGGAAACCGCCCUAUGAUUGAAGACUGAGCUUCUCAGAGGACUGUUGAAGCUAAGGAGGAGGGAAUGUGAGGCCAUUGCCUCUAUGAGCCCCAUAAG